CAGCCAACAUGCGCUUUACAUACCGGUUUCAGUCUGGUUACGGACUAACAAAGGUAAAUCAUUUAUGUCGUAAAAUCAUGUAAACAUUCAAAUUUACAGUCGGCCGUCGCAUACAAGUAGUUACCCUAAGUCAUCCCAAAACUUCGUGUGUCAAAAAUAAAAAAGGUUUACCGCUCAAAAUGCCUAGGUGUGCAAAAAUGGAAGAGGAUCUAGAAAUACUGGAACGUGCCAUUCUAAAGUUAGAGGCAACUGGUGAAGAUAAAUCAGAACAAAAUGGAUCUCAUAGAGACCUCUAUAAAAAUUGGGGCAAGUAUGGAUCUCAAGAACAAAGACGUAAAGAGCUCUUAGAAACUCAAAAAAGUAACAGACUAAAUAGAAUUGAUAAGUUUCGAGGUAUAAUGGAACUUGUACAAACUGUAGAAGAGGGAAAGCUUUUUAAACCAUACAAGAAGAUAACAUAUAGACCAAGUAUUUAUGUUGCUGGAUUUCACAAGACUUGCUUGACCUAUAGCAAUGUUCUGAUGUUAUCUGAAUGGAUGGUGGAAAAGCCUGAUGAUUUUGAGACAGACUGGUACAUUGCACCUUGUCCAAAGGGAUCCAGAAUGCUUGUGAUAUCAUAUCAUGGAAUGACAAAGUGUUACAACAAAUAUGGUCAUUUUAAAUUUGAGUAUUGGUCGGCAUUACCAGGCGGUAAUCCUCGAACAGCUGUAAGACACAACAGUUGUGUGUUGGACUGCUUCUAUUACAAGCCAACUAAUACUAUGUAUGUGUUAGACAUUCUAGCUUGGAAUGCUCAGCCUAUGACUGACGGAGAGACUGAAUUUCGACAAUUUUGGAUGAAGUCACAUUUAGAUGAAAUAUCUGGACUCAAGACUGUUUCUAAAUGGAAUAGAACAGUGUUUAAAUUGAUACCUAUGAUCCCAUGUACAACACAUGAACUGAAUACGUUCUUUUCAAAAUAUCCACCCUGUGAAGAUCCAGAAUUCCCUCCACUUGAUGGUCUUCUGUUCUAUCACAAGAAAGCCCACUAUUUCGCAGGACAAACACCACUUGUGGGAUGGCUGUUCCCAUUCAUGGUACCUGAAGUUAUUGGGGGUGAUAUUAAAGUCAAUCCAGAAUAUUUCGAAGGAAGGCCGGACGAUUACGUAAAUCAGAGUGACUUUAUACAAAAGUUUGAAUAUAAUAUGGCUUUGAAGAAAGACCAAACUCGCCGAAACUCACGGAAAAACUCUAUGGACCUUGAUACAAAUAAGAAUGAGGUCACUGAAGAUACAAAACAAAAACAAGUUGAGCCAGCAGAUGUAAUGGAAUCUGAGGAAACUAUAAAAUCUGUAGAAGGUUUAGAAAAUAUGGAGAAGUGUGAUCAACCUGAAAAACAAAUGGAAAGUGAACACAGUGAUGGUUUAAAAGUAUAAUUCGUUAUUCGAUCUUUUUUUAAAGUGCAAGACAACAUUUUAAAGAAUAUAUGACAUCCUUUAGAAUUUGGCCUUGCAGUGUAUUUUGAUUUUGAGAAAAAGUAUUAUUGUUUUCGUUUGUGUUUAAGAUGAAGAUUUCUCUCCACGAAUUGAAAUUAUCAGGACAGUAUAGGGGUAAAUAUUGAUUUCUUUAUAAAAAAUGUCCUUCUGAUUACCAAAUAAUCUUAAAAUUAGUAAAAUUUUUUAAGGAACAUAGCUGUUCACUUUUUAUAAUAACGGUCUUUGAAAUUCUUGAUGUUUGCACUAUUCAAUUGCAUUCCUUAAUCUUUAUAUUGGACAUUUGUACUUUAGGUACUGAUUGUUACAUAAUCAUCUAAUAAAGAUGAAUAAAAAUCUA